CGGAAACACCGCGGCUACACCUUCGACAGUAUCAUGAGAUCCCUUACAACUGCUAUCCUCUUCGCGGCGGCUGCGAUGGCAAUCGAUGAGUACGACAUCGUGUCGACUUGUCCUGCGCCAAUCAGUGAUCGUUACCGAUACUUUGUCGACAGUGGCAAUUGCUUCAUCCUCCGCGCCGGCACUGCAGGCUCAGUCGGUGAUUACGCCUACAAUUCUUUCUGCUGCGUCACCUCCACGAACAAAUGCUUCUACAACCAGCGCAACACUCCCGACAUCAAGACCCCGGCAGAUUGCGCUGACGGACAGCCUGCUGGUUGUGCCAGUGUGGAGGUCCAUCCGAAUGCCCCGGUCAGCUUUACCACUGAAGGUGUCCCUACCUGCUAGAUACCUGGAUUCUCUUGCGACGACUGCGUCGACGGCAGGUGUUUGUGCGGCAGCCAAGGGCGAUGGUCGGGAUGUGGGGGAAUGGAAAGUGAAUGGUUUGUUUGCCCAGACGAAGGUGGAAUGCUCGGAGGUGUCGCUUGGUAUUGGAGAGAGUUCCUGUCACGAUGACCAUCCCGUCGACUUUCACGCCAUCCACAAUUUUCGAU